CGAUCCCACCCCCUGGCUGCAGCCGACGGGCUGGGGAAAGGGCAGGAUCUUGCGUGCAAAGAGCAGCUCCCGAGGCGAGGAGGCUUUUUGGAAGAGAGCGCGCAACUCCCCCCACUCUCGGUCUCCAGAUUCUAGGUUGGAAGAAGUGGGGGGAGAGAUUUCUAGUGGAUGGAAUCGCUCUGGGAGAGACCAUGGCCAGCAUCUCCUCUUUUGGCAAGUACACUCAUGCCAUUGUCCGCUGCAUCCCUUCCUCGUUUGGCACGACAGAGACUACAGCAGAGGGGUCUGAUGGCGGCACUGAGUCAGUGGACCUGGCCAAGGCUCACCGGCAGUAUGGCGUCUACACAGGCAUCCUGCGUCAGAAGCUAGGGCUGCAAGUCAUUGAACUGGCUGCAGAUGAGGGCCUCCCUUGCUCCACCCUGGUGGGGGAUCUGGCAGUCAUACAGGGAGACACUGCACUGCUCACACGGCCGUGGGUGCUAUCACGGCGGGAUGAGAUCAGCAGUGUCAAGAAAGUCUUGGAUGAGCUAAAACUACGUGUGGUCGAGGUUACAGAUGAGGGAGCCACCCUGGAUGGAAGUGAUGUACUUUUCACAGGUAGAGAGUUCUUCGUGGGCAUUUCCAAGUGGACCAAUCACAGAGGAGCAGAGAUGGUUGCUGAUGCUUUCAGGGAUUUUGCUGUGUCUACUGUUCCUGUCUUGGGUACGUUGCAUCUCCGUAGCUUCUGCAGCAUGGCUGGGUCUGACACGGUCGUUAUUGGCAGCAGUGAUGUGGCCAAGAAAGCCAUGAAGACUAUGGAACAAUUAACUGAUCACCACUAUGAAACACUGACGGUGCCUGACGACCUGGCUGCUAAUUGCAUCUAUGCCCGGCUUGGGCAGAGCAGUGUUCUUCUGCAUCGCAGCGUGGAGGAGUAUCCUAACAGUGUACAACCCUUUCAGAAGCUUCCGGACUACACACUCAUCCCUGCGGCUUGCACUGAGGUAGCCAAACUUGGUGGGACUCUCAGUUCCUGCUCUCUUCUCAUCAACAAGAAGCUGGAGAUCUAGUGCCUAUUGAACCCCACAAAAAUACAGGUUCUUGCCAUCCUUGAAGAUGGCAUACUUGCCAUCCUUCCCUCAGUUCCUUUGUGUGGGCUCCCCCCUUUUUUUCCUUAGCCUUCUCAAGAGGCAAGGGCGCCACCUUCCCUCCCAACCGUGCCAAUUUGGUCAGCCUUAAAUUUUGCAGUUUGUCUUAUUUACAUUGGAUCUUCACUUCCAUGGAGCCAUACCAACCUCUUCAUUUCCUGUCUCUACCUGCUACAGUGUAUGCUUUAGAAAAACACUUUUAUUUUUAACCCCAGAGUAGAUUGGUGCUUUUAUCCUGCUUCCAGUGCUGAAGAAAACCCUUAGCAGGAAACCUGAAGUUCUCACUCUUCAAUCAACUGUUGCUGUUUUUACUGAGGUCCUCUCAAGUUUGCAGCCCUUUACAGACAAUUAAAGAGCACCGUUGCUCUCCUUUCACUGCUGAUGGGAUGGAUGAUUAAAACAGAUGUGGAGACACUUAAGGAUCCAUUUCUCUCUCAUAGCAGCAUGUUGGAAGAACUGGCAAGCAGAAGACAUUAUUGGGGCAGGGAGUGGGGUGGUGGUAGCUAGCAGCUUUGAACGUGUUUGGGGCAGGCCAAGUGGUUCAGAACUGGACAAUGCCGUUACUAUAGCUAGGGGGGAUUAGGAGGCAACUUGUGCAGCUACAAACCUCAACACCUGAUAAUUCAUGUCAGAUGUAGGAAGACUUCACUAGUGUACCCCACUCUCCCUACUAUGAGACUCCCCCACCCCAUGACUAGCACAGGCAUGGGGGAACCUGUGACCCUUCAAAUGUUGGACCACAGCUCCUGUCAUAUCUGACCAUUGGCCUUUCUGGCUAGGGCUUGUGGGAGUUGGAGCCCAAUAACCUGCAGGGCCCCAGGGUUCCCCAUCGUGGUUCUGGAAGAACCUCUAAAGACUUAUCUUCUAUGGCUGCUUGUUCUGCCGCAUACAUCUCUGUGGUGUUGCAGUUUGGGGACAGGGAGUUCAGGGUCAGACCCACGCUCUGCCCCCGCCCCCCAAGCUCAGAAUGAUUGCUUCUCCACUGCCGCCUCAACAGAAAACCUCUCUAUGUAUCCACAAGGCUGAUGCAAUCACAGAGGAGCAUCUAGAUUAAGGCAUUUGUGUGGAACGCUUCUUUCUUCUGAGUGGCACUCUGUAAUGUGUUUGUGUAAUGUAGUUAGGGGGCGUGGGCGUAGGGAUGUUCUUGAAAUCUGUAGUGGGGUCGCCCUCUGUUGGAGAGUAUCUGUAUUGACAGACGUAGGAUUUAGAUUCACUCUCUGCCUCUUUAACCCCUUGUGGAAUCAAUUUAAACAAUUAAUAAAAAAGACUGAACCAA